GCGGAGUCCUUUCUACUCACCAACCGCGACGGUGCCUGCCCGUUCGCAUCCACCAUGGACCUGCCGUCAUCCCGAGAGAUUGACCUGGAGAACCUUCUGAGAGAACGAGAUGCGCAGGUGGCCGAACUCACGGACGAAGUUACACACCUCCGCCAAUACCUGUCAACUCAGCCGCCACCCUCCGUGACGGACCCUGCUUCACUGCCACCAGCUUGGGUGUCGAUAUUGUUACCACACAUCCGUGACCAUGCGACAUCCGCGUCGACAUCGAGUACCGUCACCGCAGCUCUCACACAGAGAUACAAGACGCUACAAGAGGAAAAUGACGAGCUCUACGAGCUUUUGAAGGCCGGAGAGACCGGCAAACUCAAAGAAGACGUCCGCGCAUUGCGGCGGGUAGUUCAGAAGCUGGAAGGGGCGCUAAAAGAUUCUCAUCAAGUCAUUUCGUCACUCUCUGCAGAGCUCGACAAGUCGCAUGAAGCUCUCGCGGCGAAUAGCCGCCAAGCAUACAUGCCUAAAGUGCAGGCGCAUUCGCAGUCGCCUGCCCCUCUACGAAAUCACUAUCCACAACAACAGUCCUAUCCACCGCCAGGGCCCAACGGAUCGGGCAAGCUCCCGCCUACGGGUCCCCGAGCACAGAAAAAGCCACGGCUCUCAGAGUCGCACGCAUCACCUGCUCCGCCCAAUCUGUCUGGCCGGCCAGGCUCAGCGGCGAGCUACGCACAAUCUGCUGCUUCGUCUCCUCGCGACACGCGCGAGCGACGUCCAGAGUCGGUGGACCGGAAGCCUCCCCCUGGGAUGGACACCGAGGAGGACGAGCGCAGCAGGCCACGAUCACCUGAUCGCCCGCGCGAGCGCGACCGUCCGCCCCACACGGAUGUUGGCAGUGAUCGCGGACGUGACCGUCCUCCCCACACCGACAUUGCGCGCGGACGUGAUCGACCGCCGCAUACAGAUAGCGACCGGGGGCGCGACCGCCCACCUCACGCCGACAGGGAUCGGGUUCGUGACCGAGAACGAGACAAAGACCGUGAGAAGAACCGCGAGCGGGAGAGAGACCGUGACCGGACGUCCCGGCGGAAUGGUGGAGGACGGUCUGGCGGUGGGGGAGGAGGAGGCCGCCGGAGUGGGCGGGGACAGAACAACCUACCAGCAUUCGACAGCACGGAUCGGACGUUGGCGGAAAGGAUGGGACUGUGACGGACCCAUAGUUGGGACAUUGCUUGGACGGACAGGACAGGAUGUGUCUGUAUUUGCAUGAUGAUGACGGACCCGGCGCGGUCCACUAGUGUACACGGUACGAUCAUCUUUCCUUAGACCCCGCAUCAUCUAUUCCUCGGUCCACGCGCAUCUAACUUAUUCGUAUUUGC